AUGGCUCUUCUCGGAAAAUCCCACAAGAAGAAGGACAAGAAGAGUAAAUUUUCCAAGCUUACUUCGUGGAUAGAAAGAGGAGGUUCCUCAUCCGAAAUUAGAAAACGAAGAAUUGCUCUCUCUAAUUUUCUGUUUGGAGGAGAGGCUUCUUCGGAUCCACAAGGAAAGAGUGGAAGCUUUUUGGCAAGACAAAUUCGGUACUGGCUUCAAUCGGGUGGACUAGGUGAAAGUCUGUCAACAACGAUGAGUACCACAAAAACCUUAUCUUCUACACAACCAACUUCCACCACAACAACAACUGUUACUGUUAGUUUUACUCAAACAUUUGGUGGUGGAGGUGCUCAGGGGGAGUCUUCUUCGGAGAUCACUACCAAUACUGAACAAACCUUCUCCACCCAAGAAAUUGCACGACUCAAGACACUCCAAGUGUUCUCAGCAAGAACUAAAUUAGUAGUGAGUGCAUUGUCGGUGUGGUAUGAAGUGGUUUCCUAUUUAUUGGCUCAUCACAAAAGAAGAAUAAUUUUGCAAGAUGACUACUUUAGAGAAGGUGGAUUGUUGGAUUAUUUAAAGAGAGUGAAGAGAGAAGAAGGAUGGCUUGCGUUAGUGGGAUUUAAAAAUGCAGAGAAAGAUUUCACUGCCUCGAUGUUGAUGUUGGCUGCAUCCAUUACUUUUGAGACUGCUAUCCGGUCGACAAUUAUUGAUCGUAUUUUGGAUUCUCAAAAUACAUCCAUUCCAAAUAUUGUGAAACAAGCAGUUGCAGUAUUGGAAUUGCCUCUUUCUCUUGCAAUGACCUAUCCCUUUGAUAAUGCUCAACUUGUCAUUGUAAAAAAGAAGAUUGAAAACAAAACGAUCGGCACAAACGAGAGUGACAAGUCACUUCGAUGCAUUCCAACCCUUAAACAAAUGUACAAGGAACGUGUUGUAUAUCACGGGUUUGGAUGGCAUGUAUUGGAAACCUUAAUUUCCAAUUUGGUUCGAAGUGGUCUCAAAUAUUUCACAAAUUGGUGCUUGAAGAAAGUAGUGGGCACACAGAAUUUGGAGAUGGCAAAAGCAUAUCUCCCAGGUGACCAGUUGUUCAUUUUGGAGUCGACCCAAAAUAUUUGUGUGCAGAUUGCUCACGAAGCAAUCACUGCGCCACUCCAUUUCACCAUGAUCAAAUACAGAGCUGACAUGGGUAAGACCUUUGCCAAUCCAGUGGAAUGUUUCAGAAAAAUUCAAACCAAGAAGGGCUUUGCCACGUUUUACAAGGGUGUAUGGCUUGGAGCUUUGUUACAUCCCAAAAGAAAGUAA